UGUCGACCCGCAGUUGUCUCUUGGCUGAAUAUAGUCUGAGUGUCGUGUGUGGAACUUAACCAAUGCUUUAUUGUGGUGCUGGAAUUCCUAUGGACAUUGGAUGCUGCGUUUAAAGAGAAAAAAAAGAGGAAGGGAAAAAUGAACGACAUACGAAAUAGGAGGAAACGAAGUGUCUUUCAGAAGGAGUAAAUAAAAGAGAAAAAGAAGACUGGGAAGCGCAGAGGAGGUACGAAGUCUGAAGCGGCGUGGUGACGGGAAUGUGUAGAAAGAGAGAGUGCGGCGCCGUGCAUCCCCGUGGCUCAUCCAUGUGUAGCGUGACUGGGGUGUUGCUGGGGGUGGCCGAGGUGAAGCUCCCCCUUCGGCGCCUCCCCCAGGAGAUGCGGACGCACGUCGCCGUCGUCUCCCACGCGGCCGUCCUCCACGACGAGACGGCCUCGAAGAAGGAGAACCAGGACGAGUUUCUGGAGGAGCGGGAGAGGUUCAUCGGCGUGGUGGACGGGUUCUACGCCCUGCAGGAGGUGUCGGUCGAGGUGGCUGACGGGCGGUGCGAGGUCAAGCGAGGGCAGGAUGUCGUCCUCAAGCACCGGCUGUGUGACGUCAUCAUCGCCACGACCAUCCCCGAGUACUCGCAGCGGGUCGUCUACAUCACCCGCGACGACUCCUUCGGGCGCGCCGCCGUCGUGCUGCAGAUGAUGUCCCUCAAACACGUGGAGAAGCUGCUCGAGUUUUUCACCGUGGAGGACACCGCCAGGCUGGCUCCGCCCUCGAACGGCUUCCCUCCGGGCUCGGUGUCGCCCAAGGAGUCGCGGGCGUCCUGGAGCCGCGGGAUGGGCAAGAAGAUCUCCUCCAUGCUGAUGUCCCUCGCCAACAACAGCGGGAACAAAAGGACUCCGUCGCGCCCCGAGGACCGCUGCGCCGACGUGGUCGUCACGCCCGCGAGCGACGCCAAGGUGGGGGGCUAUCCCGAGUCCGACUCGCAGUCCGACUCCGACGAGGGCGACGACGAGUCCAGCAUCGAGGACAGUGACUCCAAGUCCGAGAGCAAGUUCUAUGAGGACCACGGCCUCGACAAGGCGGUCCAGGAGAGCCUCUACGACGACGACUCCGUGGACUCGGUGUCACAGGGCAGCGACUCGUCCCAGGCGGAGGCCAACGCCGCCGUGAUCGAGGCGGAGAUCAGGUACUUCGUGAAGACCGACGCAGACUUCCUCAGGGCGCUGCAGAGCCUGGACGAGGACCGGGAGCGCCUCAGCAGCGAGGAGACGCCUCAAUUCAUACGCGAGAAGCUGACGCUGCUGUUCGCCCAGAUCAAGGCCCUCACCCUGCUGCACCGGGAGCUCCACGGCGAGUUCGAGCGCAGUGGCAUCAGCCCGCAGCUGCUGAGCGAGGCGAUCGUGGGCCACCGGGACGAUUACGAGAAGUAUGUGUAUUUCAUGGAGAACAUUCCCACCGUGGACGGCAUCCUCUCUGCGCACUCGGACUACUUCAAGGCCAAAAUGCCGGAACUGCCGGAGAAGCUGAGGAAGCCGCGCAUGCGCCUCCACUAUUAUGUCCUCACGCUUGAGACCUUGCUGAAGAGGGUCAGCACGCGAGAGGAGAAGAGAUCCAUUCAGGAAGCGAUUGACGUCCUCAAAGUUCCUCUGAAAAAGGCCGACUCGAAGCUCUUCCUCGGAGCCGUCACGGGGUCGCCCUUUGACCUCAGCAAUUUCGGGAACCUGAUCCGACACAGCGACCUGCACCUCCGACGCGGCGGAGACCUGCCGAAGCGAGUGUACCACGUCCUCAUGCUGAAGACCAUCAUCAUCAUCACGCUGUCGCAAGGAAGGAAUUACAAGUACAUCACCAGCUUCCGGAUGGACCAGGUCAGCCUCGGAAAACGCCAGGGCCGAGGAGUGCUCUUCACGCUCGAGGUGAGGAACGGUCCUCGAGGCCAAGCCGUUCCUCACGUGUUCAAGGCUAAGAACAUCAACAUGCAGCAGCUGUGGAUCAACGACAUCAAAUGGAUCCUGAGAGAGAAAUCGCAGACUACAACGCCGAGAAACAGUUUCAUUGAGGGGGACCCCGAGCUACGUGUCAGCGGCAGACGGAGCAAAUUCCGCAGAGGACAGUCCUUCGAGAGAGUCUUGAACAAGGGACCUUCUCACCCAGGCAGCAGUCCCGAGAUCGGCAUGGAGGACGAGGGCGAUCAGGCUGGGAACGCCUCGGGGUAUGAUGGCAGACCUCGCCGUCGAGGAGCAGUUAAGAAACAUUCGAGCGCACCGAGUCGCCCUCGACCUGUGGUAAGGCAGGCAAGCGGAUACACCUCAGACGGAGAUUCUGCGCCCAGCUGGAAGAGUCACACGUCGCCAUCACCGCUAGCAGUGUGGACGGUCUUCCCUCAGCUUGAAAGUCUGUUCAAGGCUCUCCCUCCAGACGACAAAGAAGGCAAUUUCUCUCAUCCGGCCUCAGUGUUUUCUCAUGAACGAAAAUACACAGCAAACCUGAACGAGCAGCUCGGACAACUCUUGGAGGACGAAUUCCCGCGGCCUCCGUCUUGCAUUGUGACCCAUAUGAGAGCUCUCUUCGUCUUCCACUCUAACACUUUUCACAAUCUACUCGAAGAAGCCACUAGCGAGGGUUGCCCCGAGGACAUAGCCAAGUGUUUCAUCAUUUGUGCAGAACGUAUACGUGAGUUGUACGCCGCGUUUCUAGCCGAUCGCGUACGGCUCGACUCCACCAUGAGAGAAAUGGACCUAAAAAACCCCUACGUUUAUCCCUUGAUCCAAGUGGAGGUGUACAUGAAGUGUUUACUCCAACUAGGCGAGACUCAUAGUUCCAAUCCCGGCGCAAAAGCGACAUUCGACGAAGCCUUGUCGAUCUUCAAAGGCGUCAUAUCAGAAGCCAACACGAUCCUCUUGACGGAGACAGUCGACGGGUCUCCCUUCGACCUCGACGAGUGCGGGACGGUGCUGAUGGAGGGCGACGUGAAGGUGCGGUUCCCGGGGCAGAUGAUGAGGCAGGAUAUCCACGCAGUGUUGUUGGAGACGAUGAUCCUCCUGCUGGAGUACCGGCACCCGCGCUACCAGUACGUGGAAGCGCUGAGGAUGGACACCGUGGGUCUGGGUCCCGCCAAUGACGUCAACAGCUUCUCCGUCGAGGUGCGCGAGGGGGCUGCGCGGACGCUCACCUACGUCUUCAAGGCCCCGCGCAAGGACGAGCGUGAAAAGUGGCAACGCGAAAUCACGGACAUUCUCAAGCAACAAGUCUUGAAGCUCAAAGAGAAACAAAAGCGAAGGUUGGGAAGUGAAAUGCAGAUUCUUAAAAACAUCGAAGCAAACGAUGCAGUGAACCUACACAGUGUGUCCCCGAGACAAAAGCUCCUGGAGACGUCUUUGUGAACCUUGUGGUCCAGCAUUGCCUAGUCUUACCUGUACAGAUAUAAUUAUUCUUGUAAAAGGAAAUUAGACAUUAAGAUAAUUGUCAUUUGCUGAACUGGGUAGAUAGUUGAAACUGUUAUAAUGCUCAGUUAGGGAUUCCAUUUUCGAUUACAAAAUAGCCAAGAGAAUUAAUGAUACUUCCAUACUGUGGGUUACCUGUUGUACGUAUCGGUAUUAUUGUCUGAUGAACAUAUUAUAUGUAAAUAAGUGUAUUGUUAAUAAAUAUAUUGUAAGUUUA